AUGUGCAGAAAAAUAGACCCUACUCUAAAUCGAAAACUUGAAGAUGUAAGAAGAAAAGAAAGAGAAAGAAAAAAGAAGUCCAGAUUAAAUCCAGACUAUAAAAAACGUGAACAAGAACUGAGAAGGCAUGCUACGUCAAAUCCAGGAAGGAGAAAGCACGAACAAGAGCUCAAAAGGAAUGCAAGGUCCAAUCUUGAAAAGAGAAAGCGUGAAGAAGAACAGAGGAGGAAUGCAAGGUCCAAUCCUGAAAAGAGAAAGCAUGAAGAAGAACUGAGGAGGAAUGCAAGGUCCAAUCCUGAAAAGAGAAAGCAUGAAGAAGAACAGAGGAGGAAUGCAUGGUCCAAUCCUGAAAAGAGAAAGCAUGAAGAAGAACUGAGGAGGAAUGCAAGGUUCAACCAUGAAAAGAGAAAGCAUGAAGAAGAACAGAGGAGGAAUAAAAAGCAUGAAGAAGAACUGAGGAGGAAUGCAAGGUCCAAUCCUGAAAAGAGAAAGCAUGAAGAAGAACAGAGGAGGAAUACAAGGUCCAAUCCUGAAAAGAGAAAGCAUGAAGAAGAACAGAGAAGGAAUGCAAGGUCCAAUCCUGAAAGGAGAAAGCAUGAAGAAGAACUGAGGAGGAAUGCAAGGUCCAAUUCUGAAAAGAGAAAGCAUGAAGAAGAACAGAGGAGGAAUGCAAGGUCCAAUCCUGAAAAGAGAAAGCAUGAAGAAGAACUGAGGAGGAAUGCAAGGUCCAAUCCUGAAAAGAGAAAGCAUGAAGAAGAACUGAGGAGGAAUGCAAGGUCCAACCAUCCAACAAAAAGCAUGAAUAAGAGCUCAAAAGGAAUGCGAGGUUCAAUCCUGAAAAGAGAAAGCAUGAAGAAGAACUGA